UAUCUGACAUAGUGGUGGUGGUAGCUAGCGCUAGCGGCAAUGUGUUCGAUAAUUCUGUACAUUAGUUUGCUUCAACUCGCGACGCCGAGCGCCGCGACGCUGUAUAUACAAUCAUUUGCUUUCAUACUCACGAAAACAAACACUGUUAUUAUCUAACUUGAUAAAAGCAUUACAACACGUUAUCAGCGACGAUAUCAAACCUGCUAGUGAACCAACCAACGAUAUCAUACCAACCUACUGAUAAAUUGCAAAGUGCUUCGUUGUGUAUUAUGUAAAAAUCUGUAUAGUGACCCUCUGGAGACAAUUAUGGCUACCACUGCAGGUGCUCGCAAGACGAUCUCUAUCUACAACUACCCUGACCAUCUAAACCCCUUUCGGGAGGAGGACAACCAUAAUAAGAUCAGAUUUUGGACUAUAAACAGAAAACUCACCAGAUCGAACAGCAUCAGUUUUUCUGGAUUUAAGGACAUCAGAAACUCAUGGAGUUUACGGUCAUUUAUGAAGAAAGGAAAGAAAGAGCCGCCACAAGAAAAAGAUAUUAAGCCCCGCAACACAUCGGUGAACGGUGCCAACGGUGGUAUUGAGUAUAGAAGAAAUUUUCAAAAUACAUCAACGAAUCCAGCCCGUACCACCAUAGGAGCAGCAGAGAGAGCUGAUCGGUACGUGUAUGGUGGUUCCAUGACGCCCCUACCACGCUCCCGGUUCCAAGAACGCCUGCGCAGCUCUAGCAACUAUGAAGUCAACACGCCUAGUGGCACACCUCGCAUGGCUCGCAGUGAAAUAUCAGGCUCGCGGACGAGCGUAGGGAGUACAAAUCCGUUUGAUGAAGACGAACCAAUUCCACCCGUGAGAGCACCACGCCGUAAAAAGCGUACUGCUCCCUUGCCACCAAGGGCCGCAGUCACUGCUGAUAUUUCGGUAAAGAAUGAAACAUCAGUCAAUGAAAAACAAAAACCCAAUGCUGACGAUGAUUUAGACGAUAUAAACUGUAACAUUGAAUUAAAAAUUGUUGAAGACGAAGACCUAAACAAGAAGAUACAGGAAUUUACUGCAUCUGAGAGCAUUAAAGAAGAAUCCAACAAGGAACCUCAUACGGGUACUUCCGUAAAUAGUCAAGCCUUAGAAAAAGAUGCCGAUAUAACACAAAUUAACAAGCCAAAAACACAGCAAAAUACCGAAGACACAAUAAGACAUGCAGAUUCAAAUGAUGACAUUCUUAAUAAUACGGAAUUUGCCAAAGUAAACAUUGUAAAAUACAGAAGAAAUUCAAGCAUUAAUGAAGACGACAUUAAGCUGAGACGAGGAAACUUGGAAGACUUUCAUGCACUCUCCAAUAAAAGAAGCAAGAGCCUCACGAAUACAUCGGACGAUAGUUAUGUACAUUACGAUAUAAAUUUAAACGACGAUAAACUAUAUAUUGAUGAUAAUGGGAACGACGGACCGCAAAAAGUAGUAUGCAAAGUGUAUGAAAAUACUUCAAGGAAACAAAGCGUUGGCGCAAUUUCAAACACCGAAAAAGAAUUUAUGGAAAUCGAUGAAGCCACUAGAAAUCUUGAAAGAGAAAUAAGUAAACUUAAUACAGCACUUGCUGAUGAUGUACAAUUUACUGUACAAAAGCGGGCGUCCUCAGAUACAAAGCAAUUAUCUGAUAAGAACGACAUUUCAUCCCCAAAUCCAAUACCAAAACCGAGAAGAAGUCAUCAUGGGGACAUUAGUUGGUCAAUAAGUAACGAAAAUGGCAACAUCUAUACUUAAGCUACAAUUAUAAACAAACACAAAAA